AUGGAGGGGCGAGCGCAAUGGGGGGGGCUUGACCUCAUUGAUCUCACGACAGUGGCAACCGCUCCCAAGCAGGAGCAGCCUGCGGUGAGUUCUGACCCCCGAUUGCUCUACCCCUCUGAAGAGGUGAAACGGACAGAGAGGAAGGCGAAAAUAGAUGCCCGUCAGAAACUAACAGAAUUCAAACAGGCACAUGGGUAUAGUGAGUCAAGUGAGGAUGAGACAACACUGUGCCCCAUAAGGGAGGUGCCGCAGUUGGUACCACGGUCUUUUGAUGACCAAGGGCGCCCCACAUUUGAGACUAGGACCUUGUUUCAACACGUUCCUUUUACUUCGUCGGAUAUUUUGAACUGGCGGGCGAACCGUCCAGCCUGGUCGGAAGAUCCGAGAGGUAUGGCGAACCUGGUCGAAGGCAUCAUUCGGACACACAAUCCUAGCUGGGUAGAUUUGAAACAGUUGUUAGAAGCUUUGUUGACAGCAGAAGAACGAGUGUUGUUGACGCAAGUGGGUAGACAGGAAGCGGCGAAGGAGCAUGCAAACUCUCGUAGUAUAGAUGCUGUGGAUGUGUACCAGGAAAGGGUAUUCCCAGUGAGGGAAGACCCGCAUUGGGAACUGAAUGAACCAAAUGGCCCUGGUAGGGAUGCACUGAGGUUGUAUCAGGAUUUGGUUGUGCGUGCUUUGAGAAGAGGAGUUCCAAGGGUCCCAAAUUUGAAAAAGAUUUACCAGAUGGAGCAGGAGAAGAAUGAAAGUCCAGUGGCAUUUUUGGAAAGGCUUAGGGAAGCAUUUGAGAAGUUUUCUCCAUAUGACAUGGAUGACCAGAGGGAUCAAGCUGCAGGAAAGAUAGUGUUGAAGAGUGUUUUCUCUAGCCAGUGUAGCCCAGACAUACGGAGAAAGUUACAGAAGGAUGCUGGUUUGGCUCAUUUGACUUUGGAAAGGAUUUUGGAGAUUGCAAAUCAGGUUUACCUGUCUCGUGAGGUUGUGCAGGCAAAGAAAGAAGAAACAGCGGUGGCCCGCAGGGCCAAGGUCAUAGCUGCUGUGUUCCAAGGAGGGCAGCCGCAAAGACCUAGAGGAGCAGGCUGGAAAGGGAAAGAUCAAGGAAAGAAAGGACCAGGGGGCAAGCCACUGGGAAAGAAUGAAUGUGCAAGGUGCCACAAGCAUGGGCAUUGGGCAGCUGAUUGCAAAGUGGAUCUUGGGAAAGGACAGAAUAGAAAAGUGCAGAAUGGAAAUUGGAAAGGAAAAAGGCAGAACCGUGGUGCUGCCGGACAGCCCAGAUGGGCUCCGGUUGCAGCCGGGUUAGUUGACCCUGCGUUAGAUGUGCAUGGAUUGGCCUCCGUGAGGGAGGAAGAUGAGUAUGAGCAAUAG